AAUUAUAGUUUCAAGUGAAUCAAAAUCAAUGGAAAAUAAUGAAGAGAAACAGUCACCUGGAAAAGAAAGUUCACCUAAAGGAUUUAAUUCAGAAAAAGAUGAUGUUGCAGUUGAAUACAAUCCUGCAAAAGCUAACUAUCACAUAAUUGAAGAUGCUAUAUGGAAAAGAGGUGAAAAAGUGCCUUAUCUUGCACUUGCAAGAACAUUAGAAGAAAUUGAAAAUAUUAAUUGCCGUGGAACUCAAAAAAUAAUGUUUGCUCCCCCAAAAUUAACAAUUCCAGGAGUGUAUAACAAACUGAAAGACAUUGCCAAAAUGACUGGAAAUGCUUCGAUGAAUAAAAAGAUUGAGAAGAUUAAAGGAUUGUUUGUUGCAUGUCGACAUUGUGAAGCAAGAUAUCUCAUUCGUUCUCUAAGUGGUAAGCUUCGAGUCGGCCUGGCUGAACAAUCCAUACUCUCGGCUUUGGCUCAAGCGGCUGUGCUGACACCACCAAAUCAGGAAUAUCCACCAAAAAUACUUAAUUCACUAAAAGGUUUAUCAAAUGAAAGUAUUAAGAAAAAAUUUGAAGAAAAUGUGGCUAUUCUAAAAUCAACUUAUUGCGAGUGUCCUAGUUAUGAUCUGAUUAUUCCUGUCCUACUUUCGGAAGGUCUAGAAGCACUUCCUGAUCAUUGUCACAUAACUCCCGGAAUUCCCUUGAAGCCGAUGUUAGCUCAUCCCACCAAAGGAAUUGAAGAAAUAUUGCAUAGAUUUGAAAAAUCAAAAUUCACUUGUGAAUUUAAAUACGAUGGUGAAAGAGCACAGAUUCAUGUUUUAGAAGAUGGACGUGUUCAGAUAUACAGUCGAAACCAGGAAAAUAACACUUCAAAAUAUCCAGACAUUAUCAGUAGGAUGCCUUUGGUUUUGAAGCCAGAGGUUAAGUCAUGUAUUAUUGAUAGCGAAGCCGUUGCUUGGGAUGUAGAAAAUAAACAGAUACUUCCUUUUCAAGUGCUCAGUACAAGAAAAAGAAAGGAUGUCGUUGAGUCAGAAAUAAAAAUACAAGUAUGCAUAUUUGUAUUCGAUUUAUUAUAUUUAAAUGGUAAAUCUUUGGUAAAGAUGAAUUUAAGAGAACGUAGGGAACUUCUACAUCAGUCUUUCAAAGAAAUUGAAUCAAAGUUUAUGUUUGCUCUUGCGUCUGACAUAUCAUCCACUGAAGACAUUCAAGAAUUUCUGGAUACAUCUGUGAAACGUAAGUUUUCUUCUGUUUUUAAUUUUCAUUUUUAAAAUUAAAAUUUGGAUAAUAAUAUAUAGUGUUUUCCAAAAGAAACAUGCCAUAGGAAAUUGUGCAGAGAAACUGUAGAUAAAGCUUCAGGAAACAAGUGUAUAGUAUAUUGGUUAUAUGAUGCAACAUUUCAGCUCUGCAAUAAUGUCAAACAGAAGUUAUACUUGCACAAAAUUUAUGUGGUCACAUGACAACACACAAAUUUUGAGUCAGUUUCAAUUAUUAUAGUCCAGCUACAUAGUUCUGUAAUUAACUGGUAUGUU